CGUAGAAAAAAAAAAAAAAAAAAAAACAGAGAGAGAAAAGUUCCCUCCAAACUUGCUGAAAAUCUUGUGCAUAUUCCAAGCAAAGAUGUUAGAUGGGGAAGAGACAGAGGGUUUUGGAUGCAAUAUGGAUGGAGUUGGAAUAAUUAGGAAGAUCAAGAAGAACAAGAACAAGAACAAGAGAAGGUUCAGCGAUGAUCAGAUCAAAUCACUAGAAACUAUGUUCGAAUCGGAAUCAAGACUGGAGCCCAGAAAGAAGGUAGAGGUUGCUAGAGAGUUGGGUUUGCAACCAAGACAAGUCGCUAUUUGGUUCCAGAACAAGAGAGCCCGGUGGAAAUCAAAGCAGCUCGAGAAAGACUACAACAUCUUGAGAACCACGUAUAAUAACCUGGCUUCACAGUUCGAAAACCUCAAGAAAGAAAAGCAGGCCUUGAUCAUACAAUUAGAGAGACAGAAUGAGCUGAUGAUGCAGAAAGCAGGAGAAGAAAGCAAAUGUUGUAGCCAAACAGAGUCAGACAAUAAUAACCCAUGUGAAUCUGAGGUGAAAACCAGAUCAGAAGUUGGAUUAGGAUUAGUGUCAGAGGAUGACAGUGGCGCCAUAAACACAGAUUACUUUGGUCUGGAACAAGAAGAACCAAUUAGGCUUAUGUCAUCACAAGAGGAUGAUUGGGGGAAUUUUGAGUCUGAUAAUCUAUUUGAUCAUUCUACCAAUUGCAGCAGCUGCCAGUGGUGGGAUUUCUGGUCUUAAAUUUCUCCAAAUAAAUGUUACUCUGUGGCUUCUUGUACAUAUUAAUCAAUGGCAGUCAGCCUCAAAGAUUUUGUCACCAUGCUCAGAUGACAACUUUUUCUGCAUAACUGAUCCGACACAUGAGUUGGAAAUGAUGAGAAAUGGAAAUCAAAGAAGUUGGUAAACACAGGUCUUGUGUUUUUUUUCCAUAAACAACUUCAUCAGUGAUAAACGUAUUAGCGGGCUUUUGUAUAUUCAGGUUGCAUAUUGUCAAAGAGAUCCAGUACAAAUAGUAAUUCUUAGUAUAAA